AUGAGUCGAGACAGUUUAGGUCAAGCACAUUAUCAUGGUAAAGAUGCUUCGUCCGCGGAAUUCAGAUGCCUAGCGAUGGAACGCUUGUUGGAUCUCCAUGUUUCACGUGUAGAGAUAGCUUUGGAUAAUGAAUAUGUGGUUGAAGCACUGUUACAUCCUAGAGAAUGGCAGAGAUAUCGUGACUUGCUGGACAAGAUACAAGGCCUCUAA